GUUCUUCUGACGUCACUUCCGGAGUUACACCCGACUCCAUUUUACACGAUAACAAUCUUUGGGCUUGCGAAAUUUGUAAACCGGUUGACAAGGUGGACCCACUUGCCUUUGUCACGUCUGUCUUGCUGAAGUUAAGAGUUACAUGACUGUCAUUGAGUGCAGAAACUGCCUGGAGAGGAAUAUAAAGGACGUUUUUACAAUUUGCCAUCAGGCAUGAAUUCAAUCUGAUGAGGGAAAAUAUCUCCGGCCUUGUGCAGGAGCUGUGCUUUGUGUGAUUACCAGCAUCUUAAAGAUCAAAGCUGUUUUAUUAUGAAACAUGGACCAGGGUACAGUUGACAGCCCCGUCACUCUUGUCAUCAAGGCGCCCAACCAGAAAUAUGAUGACCAGACCAUCUAUUGUUUUUUGAAUUGGACUGUAGAGAAAUUGAAAAAACACAUCUCCAACGUUUAUCCUAGCAAGCCGUUAUCCAAGGACCAGAGACUUGUCUAUUCUGGACGGCUCUUGCAGGAUCACUUGCAGUUAAGGGAUGUGCUGAGAAAGCAAGAUGAAUAUCACAUGGUCCACCUGGUGUGUGCUUCACGAAGUCCCCCUUUAUCUCCCAUUCUCGCCAGCCCUGUGACCAACACCUCUGAUUCAAGUUCUUCAAUUUCAGACAGUGCUGGCCCAUCCUCCUCAGCCUCGACCCCCAGUCAGGAUGGUCCAGGUAGCCCAGCAGUCUUUGACGGUCUUCGGCACAGAGGGAACCCGGCACACACACACGGCUUAAAUCCAUCCCCCCCUGGUGUGAUCCAGAGGCCUGAAGGAAUGCCUCUUCCCAUGCAAGGUGGUCCCUCUGUAGGCUUCCCUGCCCACCCUAUGUACAUGCCGAUGCAAAUUUUUUGGUGGCAGCAGAUGUAUGCUCGCCAUUAUUACGUGCAAUAUCAAGCAGCCAUGGCAGCGUCUCGAGCAUCUAGCGCAGCCUCUUCUCCGACUCCCAGCACUGGCCCUCCCACUCAGCCAGCUCAGCCUAACCAACCUGCAGCCCCUAUGGGGCCAAACCCUGCCCCAGAGGAUCGCCCUGGCAACCCCAACAUCCAGCUGAACGCUCAGGGAGGAGCCAUGUUGAACGACGACGAGUUAAACCGGGACUGGCUGGACUGGAUGUACACAGUGUCACGUGCCGCCAUCCUGCUUAGCAUUGUCUACUUCUAUUCCUCUUUCGGACGCUUCAUCAUGGUGAUCGGUGCCAUGCUGCUGGUUUAUCUGCACCAGGCAGGAUGGUUUCCAUUUAGAGCAGAUCAGCAGAAUCCAGGAGCUGAAGACGGUCCACAAGAUGAGGCUGAGCAAAAUCAUGAUAUGCAAGAGAUGGAACGAAUGAUGGAUGAGGGGAUGGAAGACGAUGAGGGGGACAGUGGAGAGGAAGGUCCCGAAGAUCCCACGAACGGUGGUCCGCAUCAGGCGGGCUUCCUGUCGGCCGCAUGGUCGUUCAUCAGCACUUUUUUCACUUCUCUCAUCCCUGAGGGACCUCCACAAGCUGCCAACUGAACUCAGACCUUUCCAUGUAGUUGUUGCACAGUUGAGAAGCAAAAAAACAAUAGACUGCAAAAAAUAAAAAUAAAAAACAAGUACAAAGUUCUGCCAUGUUUGGCAAGUCUGUAAUGCUGCUUCAAUGGUAUUCAAAUUUGUCCCUUAUGCCAUUGCCAACGUUUCUCUUCCUGCCUUCUGAGUCGGGUUGAGUAAAUUCAUUGUAAAAAAAUAACACAAAUAAAUUGAUCCAAAAACUAAA